AACACAGUCUGCUACAUUUAUUACCACAUUUAUUGCUUGAAAUUUACAAUGGUGACCAUUAUAAUUCUCUUAUAUGCAGCAUCAUGAAGGAGUGUCAUGAUAAACAAGAAAUCGCAUUCCACUUUGUAGAAAUCACUACAGUCAGUAAAUCACCCAGCAGCCAGUCACAAAUAUUACUUUCAUCCCUGAUCUCUUUGGAGGAAACACAUCACAGCUUCUUUCGCAUGCAUUCGUCAACCACCCAUUCGUCAAGUUGCCAGCAUUGCCUGGCACGUCCUCAUUUCCUAUCUAUUCCGUCAGCGGUUCCCACAGAGCAGCUGAGCGCAUUCUGAAGCCACUGUGAUCAUGAAGAAUCUUGCGACACGAGACAACAGCUGACCAUGGUAAGUUCUCAUGGUGAUAAAAAGAAAAUUUAUCAGCAUGGUAAUUGAAGGUCAAUCCAUUGCGGCCAUCAACAACUCAAGAGCACUUGCAAUUUCUGCAUGGGAAGCAUCCAGCAGGCAGCUAGCAACAUGCUCCAUCAUCAGCCAACGUAAAAAGUAGCCGGAACAGUUCAGAAGCAAAAUUGAAAGACCCUCCAAGAGGUCCCAUCACCGGAUCAGAAACGUCAAAAGUUCUGCAAUGUGGUCAGCAAAACCAAAACAGCAUGACUUGUCCGGUCUUUGUGAUGCAAUUGGCCGACUAGGCCACUGCAGU